AAUGUGGUGUAAAAGCCCUUUGGUUUUGCUUCAUCUCUAUACAGCAUUUCAGUGCCAUUGCAAGAUGACUCGACAUCGGAUAAAACUGUGGAACACAGCUCUACUUGGUGAAAAAGUAGGUGGCUCUGAAAAGAACCUUUUUGGUUUGGACCGAGGUAUGAGUAAUGCACUACUCCAGACCCACUACUUGCCCUUGGCCUUGUGGUGGCUCUCAGUUUUCUUAGGCAGCAGCACGGCCUGGAUGUUGGGCAGAACACCACCCUGAGCGAUGGUCACUUUACCAAGCAGCUUGUUGAGCUCCUCGUCGUUGCGGAUGGCCAGUUGCAGGUGACGCGGGAUGAUGCGGGUCUUCUUGUUGUCUCGGGCCGCGUUCCCAGCCAGCUCCAGGAUCUCGGCGGUCAGGUACUCCAGCACCGCCGCCAGGUACACAGGCGCGCCGGCACCUACCCGCUCCGCAUAGUUGCCCUUGCGGAGCAGUCGGUGCACUCGGCCCACGGGGAACUGAAGACCCGCCCUAGAAGAGCGGGUCUUAGCUUUGGCGCGAGCUUUGCCGCCCUGCUUGCCACGUCCCGACAUGACAAAUAUACUCAAUCAGCAGCGUGCCUGAGACUGACGCAACACUAAGGCUCGGCUACUUAUAGUCAAUACAGGCACGAAAACUAAGCUAUGCUAUUGGCUAACAUUACAGUUUCGCUUUAACCAAUGGGAUUGUGGUUUUGAAAAACACUUAUUUUCAUUGGACAAAGUUAAUAUAAUACGUUUCCAGGACUCACCACUAGUUAAAUGCACACCUUCAUUGUCCGCUCCAUUUGCGUUAAGAAGCCUGGAAUAAGAGUUAGGUAGACAGUGCUACCGACUUUCUUCCCUUUUUUCCUCCAAUUUUCUGGCAGUUACUACCAGCCAUGCCUGAACCCUCAAAGUCUGCUCCCGCCCCAAAGAAAGGUUCCAAGAAGGCGGUGACAAAGGCCCAGAAGAAGGACGGCAAGAAGCGCAAGCGCAGCCGCAAGGAGAGCUACUCCGUGUACGUGUACAAGGUUCUGAAGCAGGUCCACCCCGACACCGGCAUCUCGUCCAAGGCCAUGGGAAUCAUGAAUUCCUUCGUCAAUGACAUCUUCGAGCGCAUCGCGGGUGAGGCUUCCCGCCUGGCGCAUUACAACAAGCGCUCGACCAUCACCUCCAGGGAAAUCCAGACGGCUGUGCGCCUGCUGCUCCCCGGGGAGCUGGCCAAGCACGCGGUGUCGGAGGGCACCAAGGCCGUCACCAAGUACACCAGCUCCAAGUGAGCCAUCCCACCGCGGAACGUUCGGUCAGUCUCGGCCCACACCCCAAAGGCUCUUUUCAGAGCCACUCAGUCUUCCCAAAGAGAGCUGGCACUCACUUUUCUUACAGCAGAUAUUUCUUACUCGUUACAAAGAAGAUUUACAAGAUUCCUUACUUUACCCUUGUUAGAAACUAAUUUUGGCUCAAGCCUCUAAUCCCAGCACUCUGGGGAGCCGAGGCGGGUGGAUCACGUGAGGUUAGGAGUUCAAGACGAGCCAGGCCAACAUGGUGAAACCCCGUCUCUACUAAAAAUACAAAAAAAUUAGCUGGGCGUAGUGGCGGACGCCUGUAAUCCCAGCUACUCGGGAAGCUGAGGCAGGAGAAUCGCUUGAACCCGGGAGACGGAGGUUGCAGUGAGCCGAGAUCGGGCUAUUGCACUCCAGCCUGGGCAAUAAGAGCGAAACUCU